GAGCGAGUCGUUCAUUUUUACCCUCCUCCUCCUUUUAUCUUCUUCCUCUCCUCCCUCACUUCCCUUAUAUACCUCUCUCUCUUUCUCUCUCUCUUCGGCAGCGCGUCGCUUCUUUAUUUCUCUCCUUCCAGAAGCUCCUGAAGGCUCGGAAAGCUUGUAAAGCCCCGCACCUCCACACGGCAACAUGUACCGGUAUCUCGGGGAGCUGCUGAGCCGCGGGGCGGGCAGUGCCCUGCUGGCCUCGGGGAGCGUCGAGUCCGCGCUGCCGGCUUCCUCCGCUCUGGCGCGGGUCCGCCACUACAGCGACGCCGCGGAGAAAGAGGACGACCCCAACUUCUUCAGGAUGGUGGAGGGCUUCUUCGACCGCGGCGCGGCCAUCGUGGAGAACAAGCUGGUGGAGGACCUGAAGACGCGGGAGUCGCCCGAGCAGAAGCGGCACAGGGUGCGGGGGAUCCUGCGGAUCAUCAAGCCCUGCAACCACGUCCUCAGCGUGUCUUUCCCCAUCAAGAGAGACAACGGCGAGUGGGAGGUUAUCGAGGGCUACCGGGCGCAGCACAGCCAGCACAGGACUCCCUGCAAAGGGGGUAUCCGAUACAGCAUGGACGUGUCAGUAGAUGAAGUCAAAGCGUUGGCCUCUCUGAUGACGUAUAAAUGUGCUGUUGUGGAUGUGCCAUUUGGAGGUGCUAAAGCUGGAGUCAAAAUCAACCCCAGAAAUUACUCUGACAAUGAGUUGGAGAAAAUCACUAGAAGAUUCACCAUUGAACUCGCCAAAAAGGGAUUUAUUGGACCUGGCAUUGACGUGCCCGCCCCUGACAUGAGCACUGGCGAGCGGGAGAUGUCCUGGAUCGCCGACACUUACGCCAACACUAUCGCCCACACUGACAUCAACGCUCACGCCUGUGUGACGGGAAAGCCCAUCAGUCAGGGCGGCAUCCACGGCCGAAUCUCAGCCACGGGUCGCGGAGUUUUCCACGGCAUCGAGAACUUCAUCAACGAGGCGUCGUACAUGAGCAAACUGGGCCUCACCCCCGGCUUCGCAGACAAGACCUUCAUCAUCCAGGGUUUUGGAAACGUGGGUUUGCAUUCCAUGCGUUACCUCCAUCGUUACGGUGCGAAGUGUGUGGGUAUUGCUGAGAUUGAUGGAAGCAUCUGGAACCCCAAUGGCAUCGACCCCAAGGAGCUGGAGGACUACAAACUGCAACACGGCACCAUUGUAGGCUUCCCUAACGCUCAGCCGUAUGAAGGAAACAUCAUGGAGGCUCAGUGUGAUAUCCUCAUCCCUGCCGCAGGAGAGAAGCAGCUCACCAGGAAAAACGCUCACAACAUCAAAGCCAAGAUCAUUGCUGAAGGUGCCAAUGGGCCCACCACCCCUGAUGCUGACAAGAUCUUCCUGGAGAAGAACGUCAUGGUUAUCCCGGACAUGUACCUCAAUGCUGGUGGUGUGACCGUCUCCUACUUCGAGUGGCUGAAGAACCUGAACCACGUCAGCUACGGUCGCCUGACCUUCAAGUAUGAGCGGGAUUCCAACUACCACCUGCUGAUGUCUGUGCAGGAGAGUCUUGAGAGGAAGUUCGGAAAACAAGGUGGUCCCAUCCCUGUGGUCCCAACUGCUGAAUUCCAGGCCAGAGUGGCUGGUGCUUCUGAGAAGGACAUUGUGCACUCUGGUCUUGCCUACACUAUGGAGAGAUCUGCAAGGCAAAUCAUGCGCACAGCCAACAAGUACAACCUGGGCUUGGACCUGAGGACGGCAGCUUACGUCAACGCCAUUGAGAAGGUGUUCAAGGUCUACAACGAGGCCGGCCUGACCUUCACAUAAACCUCCUCACAUUUAUUCCCUUAUUUUUCUUUUCCUUUUUUUUUUUUUUUUUUUUAACUCUUCCUCCUUGUUCCAGCCCUGUUCCAGCCCUGUUCCAGCCCCGCCCUCCUCCCUGUUCCAGCCCCGUCCACUUUCUGUCUCUACCCCACUGUUCCAGCCCCACCUUUUGACAUAUCAGGAGUUUACAGGAGUUCAGCCCUAAACUCUAUACUGUCUGAAACACUAGAGUUAAUUAGAUUAAUACCUCCAGGCUCACCUUCACGCAGCCUGAAACAUGUUCACACACAGUUUUCACAACAUCUCUGCUCCAUUCGUUCCAUUCUGAGACUGUAGGUUUAAUAUUCGGCUCUACUGUACGACAAAUAUGGAGCUUAAAAGCUAAAACAAGUAUAUGAAUCUGCAUUUUGCAUAUUUUACUUAAAUUAAACCUGACUUUUGAUUAACGUUGAAUUACUUUUCAUGAUGUAAAUCAUACAUUUUUUAUUUCAAAAAUGCCUUUUUUGUGAUUUUUGAACCUUUGAGGUGUUGAAACUUGCUGGAGAAAAAAAAUACAAUUUAAUAAAACUAAUUUUUUUUCCUUUUCCAUACAUUUUCAGAUCAUAAAACUUAAAUCUGUCUUAUUUUGAGUUCAAAUACCUUUAAACUGAGGGAUCUGAGUUUUUAAAUCUUAAAUAAAACUAUGGAUCUGAAAUUUAUAAACCUAAAAUCUUAAGUUUUUUUUUUAUGUAUUUUUAACAGCAACUUUUUCACAACCUCACAAGUUCGAAACUUCAAAGUUUGAAAGUUCAAAAGUUUAAAACUUCAAAGUUCAAAAGUUUGAAACUUCAAAGUUCAGAACUUCAAAUGUAUGAAUUGCACCACUAAAUAUUCAGAGGUUUAUCAAAAGUGAGGUCAAUUUAUUAUAAAUAUACAGAAUGCAGAUAAAACCAAUUUAAAAUAGGUUAUUUCCGCAUUUUUAGGCUCCAUUAACAAGUAGCCUCAUGUCUGGAAUAAACUGUAUGCUGGCAGCAUUGUUUUCUGCAGUACUUCAUAUUGUUCUGAUGUAAUUCUGAAUGAUAGAAUGAUCCGGUCUAUCCUAUCAAACAGCUGUGGUGGGGUUUUAUAUCAAUCCGUUGUUGAUUAAUGUGAUCCUCUCUUCUCCGUAUUCAGAGCUAUCUCUCCAGUAUUGUCUGUUAUUGGCUGUAUUUUUCAUUCUCAGUGGCGCAGUGUCAAACCAGCUUGGGUUGAGAGCGAGGCGAGGUGUUCAGUAUUUGUGUUUUCUUCGUCGGUUCUCUGAACUAGCUUUAGGUUCUGUUUUAUUUUGAGUCUGUGUCUUCCCAGCCCUCGUUAACCCCUAACUGUCUGUCUGUAUUAGUGAGAAUAAAUAAAGACAGCACUAAAGAUGCCUUAGAGCCGAGAGCAGGAGUUUUAUACUCAGAGGAGUUCUUUCUUUAUUUCUUUAUUUCUUUACCCAGAGGUUCAGAACUGUUCCAGCCGUACCUGAAAUCCGUCCAGCGUUCAGUAUUUUGCUUUGGGGACAUGCAGAAUCUGAAUUCUUUAUUUUAAAAUGUUUUGAUCGCCCAUAUCUCGCAGGGAUCGGUUCCACAGGACACUGGGCAAGCCCUCAGUUAGAUAGGUGUGAUAGGUUAAGGCGACUUGUAGCUCGUUUGGGAACAAAACAAUUCAUAAAACUCAUCUAGAUCUUCAUCUGGACAAUUUGCUUUUGGAAAUUUGUAUUGCCUUUUUUGUUGACAAUAAAAAAUUACAACAAAUA